CGGCGGCGUCUGCCAUCGUGACGUCCGGUGAGCGAGGGCCGAGUCAGAGCGUAGAGACAGCAGCCGUGUGGCAGCGCACGGAGCGCGUCGGAUCGCAUCCCAGGGGACCCGUACCGAGAGAGGCCGAAGCGAGUACAAUGGCGGUGCUGGACCUGGCUCUUCAGGGUCUCUCCAUUUUCGGACUGAUCCUUUUCAUCAUCCUGUGGCUCAUGCACUUCAUGUCCAUCAUCUACGGCCGCCUUCAUCUAAACAAGAAAACAACUGACAAACAGCCUUACAGCAAGCUCCCUGGUGUAUCCUUGCUUAAACCUCUGAAAGGAGUGGACCCAAACCUCAUAAGCAACUUGGAAACCUUCUUUGAACUUGAUUAUCCUAAAUUUGAAAUACUCCUUUGCAUACAAGACCACGAAGAUCCUGCAAUUGAUGUGUGUAAAAAGCUGCUGGGCAAAUAUCCAAAUGUGGACGCCAAAUUAUUUAUCGGUGGCAAAAAGGUUGGCAUUAAUCCCAAAAUAAAUAACUUGAUGCCAGGUUAUGAGACAGCCAAAUAUGAACUUGUUUGGAUCUGCGACAGUGGAAUUCGAGUGAAACCAGAUACACUGACAGAUAUGACCAAUAUGAUGACUGAGAAAGUAGGUCUGGUCCACGGAUUACCAUAUGUUGCAGAUCGGCAGGGAUUUGCUGCUACUUUGGAACAGGUGUAUUUUGGCACAUCACACCCAAGAACAUAUCUAUCAGCCAAUGUAACUGGCUUCAAAUGUGUAACGGGGAUGUCUUGUUUAAUGAGAAAAGAUGUGUUGGAUCAAGCUGGAGGACUUGUUGCUUUUGCUCAGUAUAUUGCUGAAGAUUAUUUUAUGUCCAAGGCAAUAGCAGACAGGGGAUGGAAGUUUGCUAUGGCAAGCCAAGUAGCGAUGCAGAAUUCUGGCAGCUAUUCUAUUUCUCUCUUCCAGUCAAGAAUGAUCAGGUGGUCAAAGUUGCGUAUCAACAUGCUGCCUGCUACAAUUAUUUGCGAACCGAUCUCUGAGUGCUUUGUUGCAAGUUUGAUAAUUGGAUGGGCAGCUCACCAUGUUUUCAAAUGGGACAUUAUGGUAUUUUUUAUGUGUCACUGCUUGGCAUGGUUCAUAUCUGAUUACAUCCAGCUCAGAGGAAUUCAGGGUGGACCUCUGUGUUUCUCAAAACUUGAUUAUGCAGUUGCCUGGUUUAUCAGAGAAUCCAUGACAAUAUAUAUAUUCUUGUCUGCCCUCUGGGACCCCACCAUAAGCUGGCGGACAGGUCGCUACAAGCUGCGCUGUGGUGGCACAGCUGAAGAAAUUAUUGAUGUAUGAACAGCACAUCCUGACUGUAGAAAUGAAGAAAAGUAUUAUGAUUGUACAAAGACUUUUAAAUAGUUCCACCUUCACUAGUUUUUACAUGUGUCCUAGUAUUCUAAGUUAAUUUAUUUGCCUGGCACUUGCAGCUGAAAUUAAAACAAACAAUUGCAGGAACUUUAAGGCCAAAAAUGCAUGUUUUUCUAUUGUCUGCACAAAAUGGUGGGUUAGAAAAUUUUUAAAAAAUAGUUGAACUUUUUUUUAUAUAUAAACCAGAUGUACAAAGCACUGUUUCUUCAAAUGUUAGGUUUGGAGAUUGUUUGGUCAUCAAACAACACUGCACUGCUUAGGAAUAAAAACAAAAGCUGAUGGGUAAAUACUCCAUUGAUGCAAACUGCGUAACUAGCUAAUGAAAAAUUAUAUUUAAAGAAACUCCAUCGGGGUGGUUGACAAACAGGCAUUUUUUGGCCUUUUAUAGCAAUGACCAAAAGUGGGCUAAAGUUAAUUUUAUCUGCAAUCUUCUGGAACAACUUUAGUGGUAAUCAUUGCAUGUGCAUUAGCUUUUAGAUUUUGUUGUUGCCUAUUCAGCAGCUAAGUAGCCUUUUCCAGAGAAUCAAAGCAACUAGGCUGCAUAAUAUUUUUCCAGCUAAGUGAAUGAUAAUUUCAAGACAAAAUGGGAUUGGGCAUCUUCAAGUUAAAACCUUGCCUUUGAAGUAAGGAUGUGAAGUUCAAUAAUUUGUAAAUAUUGUGUCCUUUUGCAUAACUGAAUAAUGUUUAAUAGGUGGGAGGGCUUGUAGGGGUUAUAAUUACGACUACAGCACCUAAUUCAAAAGUUGUCAAACUGGGUCUGCUAAUGUUGUUUUCAUUAUUGUCAUUUCAAUCUAGACUACAUUAAUGAAGACUCAUUUAGUAUUUGUGGCGUAUUAAUGAUUUUUUUGCAAAAAAAAACUUGAUGCAUGCAGUUGAGUUUUUUUUCCCCAGGCUAUGUGUUGAUGUUUGUAUUCAAAAGUAUCCAGUUUACUCAGCUCAUUGUUAUAACCAUUUGUAGUGGUGAACUAGAUCUGUUUAAAAGCAGUGAGGUUGGGAGUGGGUGGAGUAGUGGGGGGGGGGGGGGGAGAGGAGAGGUGAAAAUGCUAUGUUUGCUUGGAUAAAUAGGGGUGAGACUGAGGAACGUUUAUUCUCUGAGGAACGUGUGCAGAAUUUAUGUUCAAGGGGCGAUGGGUGGGUUACAGCCAUUUAGAAAUGGCAUAAUGUAUGUGUCAUAAAUACAACUUUUCAAAUUGUUUGUAUUCAGAACACACCUAGAACCUGGAGUUAAUUUUUUUUAAUAGUUGGUUUACUCAUAAAUCACUGCUGGACAGUCAAAUUCAUUGUGAGCAAUAAUGAAUUUUUUUCAAGCAGCAUUAUGGUGAAUGAUGCACUUUAAGCUCGGACAAUCUGGUUCAACUGGGGCCAGACAAAUUUUAGCUUAUUAUUACCGCUGAUGCCUCCCUUGCCUCAUUUUUAUUCUGACCAUUACCCUUAUGAUGUCAUUUUAUUGGUGUGAAGGGUUACUCACUAUAACUAUUGCACAGCUCAAGUAUAAUGUUUGUAUAUAUGAUCUCACCCCACCCAUCCAUUGGCAUGAAUCGGGUGAAUCCUGAGGAUGUCCUGUUGUUAUCAAAACUGUCUAGUUGUGAUCCACCAGUUUUAUGAUUUAAAGUCAUUUGAGCUUUGCUGUUUACUGUUGACUGUGUUUAUUGUAUAGAAUUGUUUUUUAACAAAAUUUUUGUUAGCCUGGCCAGUGCUGAAAUGAGAAUUUUACUUGCAACCUAAUGUAAUGCUGGUUUUUUUCCAUGACACUUCAGCUGUGAAUUUCAAAACAAAUUACAUAGUGGAAGUGGUAAAUAUUUGAAUCACUUCUGCAAUUACAAAGCACUGUGUGGCACCUCUAAAACUUGCUUAACUAAAAAUGAAUUGUCUCUGAUACACAAUCUUACGAUUUUCAUAUUUUUAUUGAGCCAUUUGUAUAUUUUUAUCCAUUGCAAGAACAAAGCCUACAAGGAGAGGUGUCAACACCAAUUGUGGUUUAUUUCAACUUUGUAAAGUUACAUUUGUGUAUCAUCAGUCAUUGACACAAUCCUGUGCUAAAAGGGUCCCAGUAAUUGUGCCUCUGUGGGCUUUUUUGGUGUUAAAUAUGAGCCUUGCAUGACCCUGGAAUAUUAUGUGGUGACUAUAGUCAUGUAGAAUGUAUCAGCUUUGUCCUUGUUGGUUUAAAUCUGAGAUUGCUAUUAAAUGACACUGACAUUGCCAUGUACAUAAGCAGACACAGGAAAACAAGCGUGCUUUAUUUAAUUGUCAACUUUGUAUUGUGUUCCAGACUCUGCCAUUAAGCGCUUAAACAGUGAAAAAUUUUGCUUCAGAAGACUAUAUAUUCUGAGAUAUGAAUUGUACAUUCAACUUUUUACUGAAUAAAAUGGAUUUGAAUGUA